UUCUUUCUUUUAUUUAAAAUGUUGCAAAGAUCUAUAAAGAACAUUUUGUUCAAACUACAAAAACGUGCUUUACAUCAAGAUAAGAGUGCAGCUAAGGUAGCGAGUGAACAAUGCAGCAUCGACAAAAUUCGAAACAUCGGUAUACUCGCCCACAUAGACGCCGGAAAAACUACAACAACAGAGAGAAUGCUCUUCUACUCAGGAAUCAUAAAUCACAUGGGUGAAGUCCACGAUGGAAACACGGUCACUGAUUUUAUGGAUCAAGAGCGGGAAAGAGGAAUUACAAUUUCUUCUGCUGCUGUAACUUUUGACUGGAAAAGUUAUAGAUUUAAUCUAAUUGAUACUCCGGGUCACAUUGAUUUCACAAUGGGUGUUGAACAAACUCUUGGAGUAAUGGAUGGAGGAAUUGUAGUUCUGGAUGGGAGUGCAGGAGUUGAAGCACAAACCACUACAGUUUGGCGACAAGCUGAUAGGUAUUGUUUACCUCGAAUAGUCUAUGUAAACAAGAUGGAUAGAGCUGAUGCAAACUUUUUUAUGUGUCUGAAAUCAUUAGAAACAAAAUUAAAUGCUGUUACAUUUCCAGUUCAACUGCCAUUCAAAGAAAAUGGAAUAUUGACCGGAGUUAUUGACGUUGUUAAUCUUGAAAAAAUUAUAUUUAAUAAGAAAAAUCAAGGUAGAACUAUAAUUAAAACAAAAUUAUGUUCAGAUAAUGAUAAUCAAUUGUUAACUGAAGCUAUAGAACAACGAAAUACAUUAACUGACAAAUUAUCUGGAAUAGAUGAUGAAUUGGCCAAUAUUGUUAUUGAACAAGAUUCUCUUGAAAAGGUAUCAUCUCAAAAUAUUGUAGACUCUUUGCGUAGAGUCACAAUCUCACAAAAAGGGGUACCUGUUUUAUUAGGUAGUUCUUACAAAAAUAUUGGAGUUCAAUCUCUAAUGGAUAGUGUAAUAUUGUACUUACCAACUCCCAAUUUCAAUCAAUAUAGUAGAUUAUAUAAAUGUUUUGAAGAUAAUCUAUCAGCAAGAGUAUUUAAAGUGAUUCAUGACAAGCAACGAGGCCCUGUGACAUUUUUCAGAGUUUACACUGGUGAAAUGAAAAAGGGUCAAAAAUUAUAUAAUAUUCAAAGACAACUUGUAGAAACUAGUGGAAAACUUUAUGCUGCUUAUGCUGACGAUUAUGAAGAAAUUUUUGAAAUAAGUCAAGGAAAUAUUGGUGCUUUAGCAGGUUUAAAGCAUACAGUUACCGGUGACUUGUUAACAUCUAGUGUUCAAAGUGCAAAUAAAGCUAAAAAAUAUAUGCAAACUAAAACAUCCUUUGAUCAAGAAAAAAUUGAUAACAUUUUUAAUGUUGGAACUAAUGUACCAGAACCAGUUUUCUUCUGUAAUAUAGAACCACCAUCAUUGUCUUAUGUGACAGCUUUGGAAUCUGCUCUCGAACAAUUGCAAAAAGAAGAUCCAAGCCUUAGAGUUAUUCAAGAUAUUGAAACCGACCAAACUAUAUUAGGAGGAAUGGGCGAACUCCAUCUUGACAUUAUAAAAGAAAGAAUACGUAGUGAAUUUAAAAUUGAUGUUGAUCUUGGAGAAUUACAAAUUGCUUACAAGGAAACAAUCAAUGAGUCAACCAAAGACACCUACACUGCUAAGCAUGAAAUAGGAAAAUCAAAUCAUGAAGUUACCAUAACAAUGUCGCUAAUACCAGAUUAUAUUGGAAAAAAUGAGUUACUUUUUGAUAGAAGUAAGGAUAAUGCUGCUAAUAUCGACGCUAUUCAUCCAAGAACCUUGAUUGCUGUGAAAAAAGGUGUUGAGUCUGCAUUAUCACAUGGGCCAAAAUUAGGAUGCCCAGUAGUGAAUGUUGGUGUAAAAUUACAUUGGCUAGAAGUUAAGAAAGGAACAUCUGAGUCAAUAAUAUCAGCUUCAGUGACACAAUGUAUACAAAAAAUGAUGAACGAUAGCGGAUCACUUUUGCUAGAGCCAAUCAUGAAUUUAGAGGUGGUUACUAUUGAAGAAAACUCGUCCAGUGUAAUUAACGAUUUAACAAGGAGAAGAGCAGAAAUUAAAACUAUCGAUAUUCGGGCUCGGAAUAAAGUGAUUAACUGUAGCGUGCCGCUGUCAGAACUGCUUGGUUACUCAACUCAGCUUCGAAUAAUAGCGUCUGGAACUGCAACUUUUUCAAUGGAAUUUAGUCAUUAUCAACCGAUGAGUUCGACGAACGAAAGAGAGGCGAUAAAACGUGUUACUGGGUUUUAAUCUUUGAUGAUUUUGAAAUAAAUUCGG